UCAAGCAGGUGGUGUUCUCAUCUUCAAAGAACAUCUUGAGUAGCGAUUUUGUGAGAAAGCACGAGAAAAGAAAAUGAUACAGAGAUUGAUUGAAUUUGAGAGAAACGAGAUGAGGUUAACUGGUGAUGUUCUCUGUUGUAUGUCGGUCAAUUGAGGCAGUGAUGGUUGAUCUAGGGUUCUACAACAGCAGCAAUGUGGGUCUCAUAUGGUCUGAAAUUGGGCAUAAGUGAAGCAUUUUCAUGGCAUUAACUGAGAGUUUAUUGAGUGGUAUUGAAUGAUGAUUUGGGGGGUCCUAUGGUUAAUUGAUUGGAGUCUGUGGUGUGAAUAAUUGAUUUGUAUUGCAAUCAAUUGAAGAAGGCUUGAUGGGUCUUGGCUGCCAUAUUAUUUGAGCUGGUUCACAGAGAAGUAAGUAGGGCUUGUUUUUGAAGACAAAAAUCAGUGAAAGUAAUGCUGAUUCAUGGCUAAGUGCAGUUGGUGGUGAUUGAAUUAGUAGAGGAGAUGAAGAUGAAAUCAAGCUCCGUAACUUACUGAUGGUGCCACACAGAAGUCUGGGUUUGGUCUGAAAUGUAAGUGGCAGUAGUGGUCUCCCCAGUUGUCUACGGCAGCAACAUCAAAGAUGGGAUUUAGGGAUUUAGGAUGUGAAUUGAAAUUUGGCGAAAUUCAAUGAGAAUGAGUUUGUCAGGGUCUGAUUUCAAAUGGGUUUCAUCUUGGUUUCAUUACAUGGUGGUUAUGUACAGAUCUGCAUGGUUGAGACUUGUAUCAAUUGGUGAUUUGCGUUGGCAGUGGAGAUGGAUUCUGUAUUGAUGCUGGUGUAGUGACAGAAGCUUUGUUGAUCGUUCUCUGGCAGGGAUGGAGAAUGAAUUGGCAAUAAGCAAAUUACUUGUGACUGCAGUCGAUGGAUGGGUGCUAUAGCCGGUGGACAUAAAAUAGGAAGUGGAUACGGGUAUAUAAUUGGAUACCGGUGGUUGUUUCUGGACUAGGCUUUUCCAGGUGUGGGUAGCAGUCGCAAAGAGAUAAUUGAGAUGCAUAUAUAAACAAAAUGCAGAGAUUAAUGGAAGGGGCCGUUUUGACAGGGAGAAACUAGGGUUUGAGUUUUCAAUAUGCUUGGUUUAUUUCCUUUAUCAAUUUCUAUGAUUUGCUAAACUAUUGUUAGGGUGAAGGAUGAACUUGUAGGUUAAUAUUGCUUGUGUUUCUUAAACAAUGGUCUCAAAAGUAAAAGCUUCAUUUCAUGUUUGUGUUUUUCAAAAAUGGGUUGUUUGUUUAAUGAGUUUUUCAUGUCUUAUGCCAUGUAUAUUUCAUAGUUGAAUUCUAGAACAACAUCCAUAUGAAACUUUGGUAACAAUUGCUUUAUGAAUAUUCUUUGACUAUGUAUGUCAUGUAUGCCUAGUACUUUGUAUUUCUAUCUUUAGGUUGAGAACAAACAUAUCCUCUUAAUAAUUCUUGUCUAUUGGUCGUAAUAAUAAUUCUUGUCUAUUGGUCGUAACUGAAAUAUCUCACGUGUUUUGAUAGCUAGGUUUGCUAUUGUACAUGAGCCAAAUGAGACCUUUGUGAUAGAACUUGAGUAAAACCUAACCUACAACGGAUUCCGUAGCUCUAAUACUUCCACAUUCUUGAUUACAAUUCCUUGUAAAUUUUCUUUAUUCUACUUGUUAGUUUAUUUUUACAAUUUCUUGUAAAUUUUCUUUAUUCUACUUGUUAGUUUAUUUUCUUAGUACAACAAUCUCUGAAAAUAUUGAAUUUGGUUGGAUAGUUCUUGAUAUUAAUUAGUAAUAGUUUUCACAUUCCUUGAGGGAACGAACCGUGCUUGCUAUUGUGUGCUCUUUUUGACACCGUGCACUUGCGGUAAAACAAAGUCGGCUUUCCGACCCAUCACUCACCAGCGUGAAUGCCUUUACCAAACUUGCAAGUAGUCAGAAGACGACAUUUCUUGAGACGGAGGGUGGCGAUGCUGAACCUAUCCGUAGCGAAGAGGAACCCGAUAAGGAAGAAAGUUCGGAGUCUAAUGACGGCGAGAAUAGUUCUUCCAACAGCAGUGUCGAAUCUUCUUCUAGUCGGGGAAGCCUUUUCUGAAAAUGGACCUGAGGCGGAGACUUGUGGAGACACAGCUUUGUCUACAACCGUGGCCGCCGCACCUGGUGGCCUUGUAACAUAUGUUGCUCGAUAUGAAGGUGUUGUUGCGACUCAGACAAUGAAGAGUACUCCAGUGACCGCUGGCGCAAUUGUAGUUAGGAAUUCUUUGUCGGUCGCUGAUUCAUUCGCGGGCGCCACCUUCACUCCUCCAUACCUGGUUCCUUAUCCGGAUCACGUGUUGAUCGGGGGAUUUAGUGUGCCAGCAAAUUAUGCGGCGCUAUACACUAAGAUAUGGGAAAGCUACAGACAUGUCGCCAUGACCAAGAGAAUUACUGGCCGACUCGCGUUGGUUAAGCGUGUGGAGGAAGCUUUGUCUUCAAUUGACGACAUGUGCAACGUGACUGGUCAUACUGUUUCUGAGGAUGUAAUAUUGAGCUGGAAGUUCCAUUGUGACAUGUGCGUAGACUUCGAGUUCAAUGCUCCUUGAUUCGUUGAAGGCUUUUCCGAGGUUGAAAAGUUGCUGGUCGAGACAGUCGAAGGUCCUUCUGCGGAUGUGGUCAAACAGCAGGAAGCAGAAGUCGAAAAGUUGUCCAGAAAGUUGAAGCUGAAACGGACAGCUCUCCAAAUAACGAAGGAGGCUUUCUCUAA